UUGUGCAUUGAGCUGGGUUUUGGUCCCUAGUGUGCCAGGGAGGAGGCGGGAGGAGGGACACCGUUGGGAGGCUGUCCCUCCCAGUGCUCUUCUGGCUGCUGUUCCCAGGGGCCUUGGCCUGGGGAGAAUGAUGCACACAUGGGUGGCUGCUUCUGCAUUCCCGGGGAGCCGAGUCUAUCCUGGGGCCCAGGUAAAGAAACUCCUUCCAAGAAUCCAACCGUAUCAACUGAGUGUAUAGCCUUAUCUGAAGAGAAGGAAAAAUGUUUUGUGCCACAGAAUAUGACUCCAGAUCUGACGCUCUCCUUCAGUGUGAAGAGCCGCUCCAGGAGGUGUGUAAACGGCCCCCUGCAGGAAGCGGCCAGGAGGCGGCUCUGGGCGCUGGAGAAUGAGCACCAGGAGGUGUGUGCCCUGUUUAAGGACCUCUCAGCCAGGUUGGUGGGUAUCCAGUCCCAGAAGGCUCAAUUCCUCAUCACCUUCAAGACCAUGGAGGAAAUCUGGAAAUUUUCUACCUACUUGAACUUAGGUUAUGUAUCUGCAUGUCUGGAACAUCUCCUUUUUGACCAUAAGUACUGGCUCAACUGCAGAUUGGUGGAAGAUACAGAGAUCCAAGUGUCAGUGGAUGAGAAACAUCUGGAAACAAUAUACCUGGCACUCCUGAUACAGGAAGGUCACUUCUUCUGCAGAGCCAUGUGCUCCGUGGCUCAGCCAGCUGAGAAGGAAGGGGAGUAUUUGACGCUUUGCAAGAAGGAGUUAAUCUCCGUGAAGAUAGUUGAAGGCGAAUCUGAGUGGGAGGGCGUGUCCUUGGUGACGGGUCAGCGGGGCCUGGUGCCCCUGUCAGCUCUGGAAGCUCUGCCGCUCCCUUUCCACCAAUGGUUCCUAAAGAAUUACCCAGGAAGCUGUGGCCUUUCCAGGAAGAGGAAUUGGACAGGCUCCUAUCAGAUCGGCAGAGGAAAAUGUAAGGCCUGGAAGGACUAUGAGAGGGAAGAAAAGGAUGAGCUGACUUUUCACCAGGGAGAAAGCAUCGAGAUCAUCGGCUUUGUCAUACCUGGGCUUCAGUGGUUCAUUGGGAAGUCGACGCGCUCAGGAGAAGUGGGCUUUGUUCCCACCAGGAACAUAGAUCCUGAGUCUUAUUCCCCAAUGAACAAGAGUUCUGCCUUUUUCAGUGACGAGGAAAGAUGCUCUCUGUGGGUCCUGGGAAGUGAUAGGAAAGCUGAGUGUGCCAGCUUCCUCCACACACUUGCUCAUACUGACAUCGCGUCUGUCUACCGGCUUAGUGGGUUUGAAUCCAUCCAGAAUCUUCCAAACGAUCUAAGUGCGUCCCAGCCUGAAGGCGUUAAGGAGGCCAGGCCUGGUAGAGGCUGGGAAGAGCAGCAGGCCGUGGGCUCCAGACAGUCCAGCAGCUCUGAGGACUCCAGCCUGGAGGAGGAGCUCCUCUCAGCCGCCUCGGACAGCUACCACUUGCCGGAGCCUGAUGACCUAGAUGACCCAGAACUGCUCAUGGACCUAAACACUGGUCAGGAAGAGGAGGAGGCUGAGAACUUCGCCUCCAUAUUGGCUUUUUUGGAUCACAAGGGUUACGCUGACCACUUUAAGAGCCUCUAUGAUUUCUCUUUCUCUUUCCUCACAUCUUCCUUUUACAGCUUCUCUGAGGAGGAUGAACUUGUGGCCUACCUGGAGGCCUCAAGGAAGUGGGCCAAGCGGAGCCACAGGACCUGGGCCCAUGCCCGGCUCUGCUUCCUCCUGGGCCGACUGAGUGUCAGAAAGGUCAAACUCUCUCAGGCCAGGGUGUACUUUGAGGAGGCUGUGUAUAUUCUUGAUGGGGCAUUUGAAGACCUAUCCUUGGUGGCUGCUCUGUAUAUCAAUCUGGCUGCCAUCUACCUGAGGCAGAGGCUGAGGCAUAAAGGCUCCACUCUGCUGGAGAAAGCAGGUGCUCUGUUGACUUGCCUGCCUGACCGUGAGUCUAGUACCAAGAAUGAGCUCGACGUGGUGGCCUAUGUACUACGCCAGGGCAUUGUGGCAGGCAGCUGUCCUUUGGAGGCCAGGGCCUGUUUUCUGGCCAUCCGAUUGCUCCUAAGCCUAGGCCGGCAUGAGGAGGUCCUGCCCUUUGCUGAGCGCCUGCAGCUCCUGUCUGGACACCCUCCUGACUUGGAUGCUACAGCCACCAUCUUAAGUUUUCUGUAUGAUAAAAAAUAUCUUCCACACCUUACAGUGGCCUCUGUCCAGCAACGUGGUACCCAGGGUGACCAAGGGAUGUCCCUUCCAAUUUGGCAGGUCUACCUGGUUCUUCAGAACACCACCAAGCUCCUUGGAGUUCCCUUUUCAAACUGGGGUGAAGUUUCUGCCCUGGCCUGCCCAGCACUCAGGCAGGCGCUGGCUGUCUGCGAGGAGCAGAGCAAUUGGAGCACCCAGAGGGCCCUGUGUCUCAUCCUGUCCAAAGUGUACCUCCAACACAGGUCUCCUGAUGGUGCCAUCCAUUAUCUGAGCCAGGCUUUGGUGGUAGGGCAGCUGCUGGGUGAGCAGGAAGCCUUUGAGUCUUCCCUCUGCCUGGCAUGGGCUUAUCUCUUAGCCAGCCAGGCAAAGAAGGCUUUGGACAUCCUCGAACCGCUCCUAUACUCCCAGAAGGAGACAUCCCAAAAGGGGGUGGUCCAGAACCUCCUGGGACUUGCACUUCAAGGUGAAGGGUGGGUGAACAGGGCAGCCAAGAAUUAUCUCCGGGCCUUGAACAGAGCAAAGGAAACGGGGAAUGUACGCAACCAGGCAGUGACUUUGGCCAAUCUUGGCCACCUGACCCUUAAGUCCUGGGCUCAGCAGCCAGCCAAGGACUAUCUCCUGCAGGCUGUCCGACUCUAUUCUGAACUCCAGACCAGCAUGGAGACGGACAUGGAAUUAGUACAGGUGCUUCUCUGGUUGGCCCAAGUCCUGGUGCAUGGACGCCAACUGGCCAGUGGUCGCCUCUGUUAUGAAAUGGCAUUGCUGUUUGGCUUAAGGCAUGGACACCUAAAGAGUCAGCUUCAGAUCACCAAAUCCCUCUGCCAUUUCUACAGCUCUGUAUCCCCAAACCCCAAGGCAUGCAUCACCUACCAUGAGCACUGGCUGGCCCUGGCUCAUCAACUCAGGGACCGAGAGAUGGAAGGGCGGCUGCUGGAGUCCCUCGGGCAGCUCUAUCGAAACCUGAACACACCCAGGUCUCUCAGGAAGUCUCUCAUCUGCAUCAAGGAGAGCCUGCGUAUCUUCAUUGACCUUGGGGAGAAAGACAAGGCUGCUGAGGCCUGGCUUGGAGCUGGGCGACUCUACUACCUCAUGCAGGAAGAUGAACUGGUGGAGCUGUACCUGCAGGCAGCCAUCCAGAAAGCCCUGAAGUCUGAGGAGCCCUCUCUGGCUCUCAAACUCUAUGAAGAAGCAGGUGACGUGUUCUUCAAUGGGACCCGCCACAGGCACCGUGCGGUGGAGUAUUACCGAGCUGGGGCUGUUCCUCUAGCAAGAAGGAUGAAAGCCAUGAGAACAGAGCUGCGGGUUUUCAACAAGCUGACGGAGCUGCAGAUCAGUCUGGAAGGCUAUGAGAAGGCUUUGGAGUUUGCCACCCUGGCGGCCAGACUCAGCACAGUCAUAGUCUUCCAAUUCCUAGGAGAUCAGAAGCAGGAGCUGGUGGCCUUUCACCGUCUGGCUACAGUGUACUAUUCCCUGCGCAUGUAUGAGAUGGCUGAGGACUGCUACCUGAAGACUCUGUCCCUCUGUCCACCGUGGCUACAGAGUCCCAAGGAGGCCCUAUACUACGCCAAGGUAUAUUAUCGCCUGGGCCGACUCACCUUCUACCAGUUGAAGGAUGCCCACGAUGCCACCGAGUACUUCUGGCUGGCCCUGGCGGCAGCGGUCCUGCUGGAUGACAAGGAGCUGCAGGACACCAUUAGGAGCAGGCUGGACAACAUCUGUCGGAGCUCCCUGUGGCACAGCAGCCCCUUCGGGCGCUCCUCGGAGAGGGCGCGGUGGCUGAGUGGUGGGGGGCUGGCCCUCUGAGGGGAGCUGUGCCACAUCUGACCAGUGGCCUUGGCUGGUGACCAGAGCUGCCUCCCUGCCCUGGGCUCCUACACAGGAGGGUCCAUGUCAUCCCCUGGCCCAGGUCCUGGUCUUACAACGGGAUGAGCACAACCCAGAGGGAGAGGGGCUCAUUCCAGGUCGGCCCCACAAGGAGGGGAUGACAGGGCAGGGAUUGGAAGUCCUGGCUCUGUGACUAGAGCCUUCCCAGUAGACUGUGGCCCAUGCACCCGUACAGCCUCUGAAAUGCACUUUCUCAACGUGCAGUUCUCCUAAAGAAAUUGAGAGACCUUGCCCCUAGGGGGAGCUUCUCUCCUGCCCACAGUGAGGAAACCCGGCACUGCCCUGGAGAGAAGGCAAGCCCUUAGGCCUUUGCUCCCCUCGCUGACUUUUCUCAGGGAAAGCCCCCUCCCCUUGCCGGCAGAGGAACUGGUAGUUUCUGUCUUCCCUUUCCUCAGCCAAAGGAGGUGCCACACCUCCUGCUCUUGGGGAUCGGUAGGUGGGAAUUCACCAUGCUCUUAGCUCAAAAGAUGGCCUCAGAAUGGCACAGGGCCUGGGGUCUGAUGCCGAUUCAUCUCCAUCCUGCCUGAGGCUCUGCUCCUGCCUUAACCUCUCGGAAACUCCAGGAGGCUCCCCGAGGGCCAAGGCUGAAACACUGAACACUAAGAAAACUAUGACAUAAAUUAUAUGUAAAUAGUGUAUAUGAUUAAAUACUGCUCAUCUACAUUUAUGCACAUGUCUCCUUUCUAAUAGGGAGAGAUGAGAUGGGAGGCUUGAGGGAUGGGUUAAAUACCAAGAGAUUUCAGGGAAGCUCCUCGACAAAGCAUCUCUAUCAGUUAUCUGUUACUGCAUAACACGUGGGGUGCCUUGAAACACCCAUCACCCCACAGUCUGUGCAGGAAGACAGGAACUCAAGUGUGGUUUGGCUGGUCCUCUGGCUCGGGGUGGCUCACAAGGCUACAAUCAAGGCGUCAGCUGCUGUCUUCUCAAGCUUAGGGGAAGGCUCCACUUCCAAACUCACUCCCACGGCUGUUGGCAAGGGUCAGUUCCUUGUUUGCUGUUGCAAGAGGCUGCCCCCAGGCCCCCAUCAUCAUGUGGGCGUCUCCACAGGGCAGCUUGCAACAUGGCAGCCGGCUUCGUCAGAGAGCAAGUGAGUGAGAGAGCCAAGUGAAAGGACAGAGUCUUAUCGUAACCUCAUCUCAGAAGUGACAUCCAAUUAGUUUUUUUGCCUGUUCUAAUAAUUAUAAGUGUUUCGCUAGCUCCAGUCCACACAAAAAAAGGGAGGGAUAUACCCAGGGUGUGAAUACCAGGAGACAGUGAACCAUUGGGGGCCCUUCAGAAGCUGCCUAUCACCGUAUGAGUUCCUUGAUGAUGGCAUCAGGAAGUCCCUAAGGCAGUGAACUCCAAGUAUGGUCCACGGACUGGACCAGCUGCAUCAGCCUCACCUGUGAGAUGAUUUGAAAUGCAAAUUCUGGGGCCCACUUAAGGCCUCUGAAUCAUAUCUCUGGAGUCCUCUGGAGUCAGAGAGCUCUUGCUCUCUGAAUGAUUCUAAUGCACAGGAAAGCAUUAGGAACACUGCUAUGGAGGCACAGUUCUCAGAUAAUAUGCAAAAGAAUCACCUGGGGAACUUGGUGAAAAUGAACUUUCUGGUUCCUACUCCAGUAAUUCUGAUUCAGUACGUCUGAGAGAUACCACAGGUAUAUGCGUUUUUAAAUGAGCAACUCAAGUGAUCCUGAUGCAGGGGAUUCACCCUUAUUCUGAAAUGUGAGACCAUACAAGAAGAUCUAGUUGUAAGGCUCUCCACCUGAUGCCCAGCAGCUUAGAUAUUGUGUCAGACCCUCUACCCUUAAUUCUACUUCUUGGGCCAACGAGGUGGUUGGUGGUGUGGUGGGUUGGGAUUGGGGUGGUGAGUUGAGUCAACGUGGCAUCUUCUAGUCAUCAAGGUUGUCUACACAUCAGUACAUCUUAUUUUCUUUUAGGAGCUUGGUUGGUGGUCAAAAAACUCUCUGUUCUAGAAUAUUCUUCUCAGAGGAGGAAAUGAAGUGAUCUAAUCCACUACCAUGCAAAAUAGAUGUGAUUUUGUUCCCACCACAAACCAUGAAAUCCCUGAGCAGGGAGGGAUGUUGUGGAUGGGUCUAACCUCCCAGGCAGAGUCCUUUCAACAACAUUCCUGGGAGACAGACAGGGGCACAUGCGUUCCAGAACAGUCAUGCAUCUUAUUUUGAAGGGAGCUUGCUUGGCCCUGGAGCCCAUGCCAUGAACCAUUCCCCAUUUGUCUCAGGUUACAGCCCCUCUCCUUUUUCCCACUGACCUAUUGCUCUCCUCUGGCCAGAUGCCAAUUUCAGCUCCCCUGAAAGUGUGCUUCCCAUAAUACUCCUGGCUUUGGGACUGGCUUAUGGAGAAUACAGAAGAUGUUACUGUACUUAAUGUAAUUUAGUUUGUAUUUUAACAUUGCCUUAAGAUGUUCCUUCUCUCCAGCAAUCACAUCUUACCUCUGGCUCACAUUCAGCUUAUGAUCAGUUGAAAUCUCCCAUGUGAGCUUCUGUUUCUCUAGAUCUUAAUUGCAACAGAUCUAUAUAUGUAAAAUAAAUGUGUAUGUGUG